AUGUCACAAGUCGCGGCCUACUACCCCGCUGUCGGCACGAUGCGUAAGUCGCGUUCGCCCACGCCCAGCCGCCCGUUCAGCUAUCCUGAGUACGGCAACUCACCAAUUGCCCCGUCAGAACACGCCAACACGGUACCAGAAGUAGACAUCUCGACAACCCCCAGGCAGGACAUUCAGCACUCUCAGGAUUCCGUCUUGUCUGCCGUCUCCAGCACCUUUUCCGCGCCAAGAUUACCAUCCUCGUCGAGCAACCUCUCCACGUCAACAACGGUGGCCGAAGCCGAGUCUACGCAGCCUUCGUCGGCCAAUGUAGUCCCAAGUCAAAUCAAGCCAUCAGAGGUGUCCAUGCCGGACUCUCCGACUCAAGCUCGUGCUGAAGGAGCGCAGCCAAAUGCACCGCGGAUCGAUAGAGCAGCCGCGAACGCGCCGCGAACUGGUGACACAGCAGCUGCCGCCAUGCCACUGGAAUCGCCCAUCGCGCAGGGGUUCAAGCGGAAAGCAGACGAGCCAUGGAAGAGUGCGGGCUCUGGGUCAGAUGUGCCAACAGCUCGUUUGCCUGCCCACAAGAGGAACAAGAGCACGGAUGUGCACUCUAGUACCCGGAUAGGCGAGCUAUCCGCACAGCUCAAGACGCGUCUUUCUUAUGCCAUGGUCAAGGUCCAGUAUGGGUGGGAGAAGCAGUCGCUUGACGAGCUGGAGGAGGUACAUUCACAGCGUGGGUCGCCCAAUUCGGCUCCAGAAAGGGGGGAUAGACUUGCCUUUGGGUCUCCAUAUGCCUCAGACCGUCGACGAAGACCAAGUGGCGUAUCUGAAACUUCCGACCAAAUCAUCUUGUCUCCGGCUUCGGAUCCAACGCGGUCGUACGCCAUUACACCUCCAGCACACUGGCGCCCAGGCACAAAACCUGCCAUCAAUGCCGCCGCAAGCCUGAUUUCUAUAACCAACGGUCAACAUCCCCACGGCCUCGCCCCAGCCCCAACCUUUCAACCCAGCACUCGCCGUCGCUGCUCCAGCGUAUCCCAUGCGCCACCUCGCCUCCUGAGUUCGAACCAGCGAAAACAUUAUAGCGACCUAGGUACGGGUCCCCAGAUGCCCGCCACACCUCGGGCAGGCAUCUUGCGCAUGCCUAGUCAGCAAGCAGAAAAGGAUGCAGUCGACACACUGCUCUUCAUGAGCAGUCCUAACAACUCGCAACGUUUCCCAUUAGCCGGCCAACCCGCGUCACGUUCGUUAAGAACAGAGCCUCCACAACGAAGGGUCAUGUUUGAUACAUAUCAGCCACAAGAGAGACAUGCGAUGUAUCAGCAGCAGAUGCCUGCCCCACCACAUCAUCACCACCAUUAUGGACCAUAUACCGCGAAUGGGGCGAGGUGA